AUGAAUUGCGAGAGGGAUAUUCGUUUUGAGCUUCUUGCUCGCCUCUGCCCAAAUUCAACUGGAGCUGACAUUAGAAGUGUAUGCACUGAGGCCGGAAUGUAUGCUAUUCGAGCAAGGAGGAAAACUGUGACCGAGAAAGACUUCUUAGAUGCUGUCAAUAAAGUUAUCAAAGGUUAUCAGAAAUUCAGCGCGACUCCAAAAUAUAUGGUUUACAAUUGA